UCAGACAGGGUCUCAGGAAAGACCCAGGAAGAUCUCCGUGUGCCCUCCCCUUCUCUGAGAGCAGCACGUGGGUCUAUCUCCUCCUGGUGACAGAGCUGCAUCAGCCAUUUGGAAACAGACAAGCCAGGACCUGACCCUGAGGAGCACCGGCUUCUGCAUUUGCCUGUGCUGUCUUGACCUCCAGAACAAGAGAACGGUGCCGAAAUCCAGACUUGGAAUCAAAGAGAGAUGAGCGGUCCUCAGCCCUUGCAGGAGGAAAGAUAUGACAUGUCGGGUGCCCGUCUAGCCUUGACACUGUGUGUCACCAAAGCCCGGGAGGGCUCCGAGGAAGACAUGAAUGCCCUGGAACGCAUGUUCCAGCACCUGAAAUUUGAAAGCACCAUGAAGUCAGAUCCCACUGCUCAGCAAUUCCUGGACGAGCUGGACACUUUUCAGCAGAUCAUAGAGAACCGGAAGGAGCCCGUCAGCUGUGCUUUCGUGGCACUUAUGGCACAUGGUGAGGAAGGCCUCCUCGAGGGAGAAGAUGGCAACAUGGUGAGACUGGAGGACCUUUUUGAAGUCUUGAACAACAAGAACUGCAAGGCCCUGAGAGGCAAGCCCAAAGUGUACAUCAUUCAGGCCUGCAGAGGAGAGCACAGAGACCUUGGUCAAGAAAUGGGUGGAGAUCAGGUUGCUGUGGUCAUGAAGAACAGGCCUCAAACCAUCCCGACCUACACGGAUGCCCUCCACGUCUUCUCCACGGUAGAAGGGUACCUCUCCUAUAGACAUGAAAAGAAAGGCUCUGGCUUCAUCCAGACCCUGACGGAGGUGUUUAUAAAUAAAAGAGGAUCCGCCAUAGAGCUUCUGGAGGAGGUAACCCGACUGAUGGCAGACACUGAGGUGAUUCAGGAGGGGAAACCAAGAAAAGUGAACCCUGAAAUCCAAAGCACCCUCCGGAAGAAACUCUAUUUUCAAUAAAAGAAAGGGCGGUGACAGAUCUGCAGGUGCUCUCUCUGCCCCACAGAUACUUAGAGACAGCCACCAACACUCCUCAAAGAUUGUUACUGGAUUCCUCAUUCAUCACACUCCUUUAUCCUUGUCUUCUUUUAGAGCAAGGCAGUGAAAGUAGAACGCGUAUUAGCAACUACAUCAGCAUCACCUUCCUCAGGCUGGACUCCCUCUGUCUGCUACUGUGGACUCAGAUUGUCUUCCCGUAGCUAACUUUCUGUUCCUUUUGCCUCACUAAGCCUUCCUCUUCCUCCCAUGACUUAUACAAAAAUAAAUAAAAAGCCAUUCCUACGUCA